ACACCACGUCCACCAGGUCGUGCCCUUUUACAUUGGUUCGCUUAAUUUUGUUUUAUUUUGACAAGUUGAAUUCUGUUGUUUCUUUUUUUAAAUGUACAAAAUAAACGAACAAACUCAGAGAGAUAAAAGACUAAAAUGAUUUUUAAAGAAGACGCGGGGAUCAAUAUUGCAAGUGGAUUUCAGUUGCUCUAUUCGUGCCCAACUUGCGUUGUGUUUUAUUUUGAAAUGUUUACCACGUUCGCCCACUACAGACCGACUUACUUCCGGCUUCAUAUCUGUCACUAUCGAUUACCGGACUCGUCUUAAUCACCCUCACCCGUUGCUCGUUUGCUCGGUGUCAUCAGUUCGACUGCUCGCGCUCCCUUUUUGCGGUUUUACUUUUGUAACUUUCCACGGUUUUGUAUUAGUUUUUGUACAAGAAAGAAACAGUACAACAUGUUUACUUUUUACGGUUUGUUGCAAUUUCGGAAUGACCGGUAUUUCUGUGAUAGGAGGCUUUUUGGAAGCCGUAGAAAUGUGACUCCUGAAACCUGAUAGGAUAACUCAGUUUUUUCAAAUAAUGGAACGUCCAUUUUAAUGAAAACAUGACUGUUUACACUUCCACUUAAUCCUGCUUUAGGGUAUUUUGACGAAGCCUCACGUGUAGUGGGGGUGGGGGCGUGUCAGCAAAAACCUGGAGAAGGUUCGUUAGUGGGAGGGGACUCAACAGUUGAGCAAAUGUGGAUUAAAAAAAAGUGACAUAAUAAACCAGUUGAGUUUUAUUUUGGUUUGGGUUCAUCCUCUUACUGAAGGACGGAUAGAACAAUGCGAUUCAAGGUUGUUUCUCCUGUGCAUUUAACGGCUUCUCCAGUCAACAGCUACGGCUCCAUAUCAUGUGUCUCUGCCAGAACAGGAACGCUCACUCAGGACUCCAUGAGCUCCUCCACAGGCUGCCAGGAUGCCGUCCACGUGCCACGUUUCACCUUCAAUCCAAGAGAGGGCAUUGAUAAUCCAGCCUUGGUCAUCACUGACGACCCUGAGCCAGACAGCAGUCUGGUUCCCAAACUGUGCUACCUGAAGCGUAUGGAGGGCCAGAGUUUUGGCUUCUACAUGCGGGUGGACCAGACCCACCACUCAUUUGAGGUCAGAGGUGUGGAACGGUGGAGUCCUGCCGAGUGCAGUGGCCUCAAAGAUGGAGACAGGCUCCUGGAGGUCAACGAGGAAUAUGUGGCUGACAAGGACUUUUAUACGGUGAUGAGGAAGAUUCAGUCUUGCGGCGUACAUCUGUUUCUCCUGGUGUUGAGAAAAGAAGAGUAUGAACAGUCCAUGUCUAUGGGUCUGGACCUGAAGAUGCUGGUGAAGCUCGCCAAGGGAGACCACUGGACCAGACCUAGACUAUGUCACAUCAGCAAAGAGCCAGAACACGGCCUGGGGAUGACCAUAGUUGCUGUGGAAGGUCAGAAGGGUCAGUACAUGGUGUGUACGGUACCAGACGGUGCAGCAGAGAAAGCCGGCGUCUGCACGGGCGACAGACUGAUCUGGAUCAACGGAGCCCUGGUUUCGAUGCUGACUCACUCCCAUCUCGUCAAAGCUGGGAAGAAGAGCGGGAACUCGGUGACUCUUCUGGUCGCUGACAGCGAGAGCGAAGCCUGUUACGUCAGGAGGAAGAUGCCCAUCCUGCCCGUCAUAGCCCAGUGCUGCAGCAUUCCCCACGCCGCCAAGACCAUGCACCUGGAGAAGGGCGCCGACGGCUACGGCUUUCUGCUGAGGCAGGAGAAGCUGGUGGGCCAGGAAAGAAAAGUUCACGUGCUGAGGGAGAUCGAUGUUGGAAGUCCAGCUGAAGGAGCGGGCAUGGAGGAUGGAGAUCUGCUGCUGGCCGUCAACGGUGAACCCGUGGAGUCCUCGCAGCACGAGGACAUUGUCCAGCUGAUCAGAAAGAGUGGGGACGAGGUCACCCUGACCACCAUGUCCAUACCAGGACGAGACUUUUACAGAGCGUUGGACCUUUCUCCACUGCUGUUCCACGAGGACCGAUUGUCUGUGAACGAUGACUGCGCCAAGAACCAGGGGAACGACCGAAGAUCUACUGGCUCAGAUUCCAAAAAAGUUAGUGCUUUCUUGUAACGGGAUUGGGCAGGAGGCCACGCCCCCCACCCCUCACGCACACCCCGAUCCCUGAACCUGGGAAACGGGAGGAUCCAACAUCAAGGGUUAAAAAAGACAUGGCGUUGUCGACCAUUUUAAAACACAAACAAAUGCACUUUAAAUGAAAAUGUUUUUUUUUUUUAACGACCACAAAAUUAUAAAUUUCUUGUGGUUUUUUUUUUUAUUUCUCUGAAUUUAACUAUUUAACAUCCAGCAUCCUGUGAAAUAUUAGAAUCCAUCCACAUCCGACCGUCUGUUUAUGUCAACCAUCAGUUUUUUUCUUUGGCACAUUAUAUUCACAAUAACAAACCAUUUCAAAAAGAGAAGAAGAUUCUUCUGUAUUAUACAUAUGAUAUAUAUUUAUAAAUACAUUAUUAUGACUUA